CACAUUGUGUCUCUUUGUAGUCACAUUGUGUCUCUUUGUAGUCACAUUGUGUCUCUUUGUAGUCACAUUGUGUCUCUUUGUAAUCACAUUGUGUCUCUUUGUAGUCACUUUGUGUCUCUUUGUAGUCACAUUGUGUCUCUUUGUAGUCACAUUGUGUCUCUUUGUAGUCACAUUGUGUCUCUUUGUCAUCACAUUGUGUCUCUUUGUAGUCACAUUGUGUCUCUUUGUAGUCACAUUGUGUCUCUUUGUCAUCACAUUGUGUCUCUUUGUAGUCACUUUGUGUCUUUGUAGUCACAUUGUGUCACUUUGUGUUUAUUUGUAGUCACGUUGUAUCUCUUUGUAGUCACAUUGUCCAUUUGUAGUCACUUUGUGUCUAUUUGUAGUCAUGUAUCUAUUUGUAGUCACUUUGCAUCUAUUUGUAGUCACAUUGUCUAUUUGUAGUCAUGUAUCUAUUUGUAGUCACUUUGUGUCUAUCUGGAGUCACAUUGUCUCUUUGUAGUCACUUUGUAGUCGUCCGAUGUUUCUUUGUGGUCAUUUUGAGUCUUCCUGUUCGUCGCGUAUCUUUUUGAUUAAAGUGUUGUCGGUAAAGACCAGUAAGACCCCCCCCCCCCCUCACUGAGAUGGGCCUAUGUGUUACAGAGAGAAGCUGCAGAAGGCCUUGCACCAGUACAUCAAAGACACCUUCAGACACAUUGACACCGUGAGAGGAUUCUGUGAGGGUCUCUCCAAAUGGACGGCUGCGAGGAAGACCGAGUGGACAAAGAUGACAAAGAUGACAAGACAACAACAAAACCAGAUUUCUGUGCUGAAGGAAACUCUGCAAGGUUUAAAGAAGGGUGGCUCCUUUCAGGAUGCGGUGGAGAAUCUGACAAAAGACAGAGCUCAACAAAAACUCGAGCUGGAGCUGGCCGCCAUGCUGGAGGGCACUCUGGGGGGUCUGCAGCAGCUCGAGUCCUUUCUGGAUGCGCUGGAGAACCUGGCGGUCACCUCGAGUCACAUGUUCGCGCCAGAGAACCGGGUCCUCCGCCUGCCGGAGGGGAUCCGACCCGAAGACGUUCAGCUGGCCAUCUUUGCGUCGCGGAUGAUCUGCCCUCGCCUCCUCGGGUUCAAGAGAGACGCGAGCAGCUUCUUCCUUCCCAAACUUCAGAAUGUGGAGGUGCUGUGGUACCAGCUGAACGAAUACGUGAAGACCACCCAGGACAUCUGUGGGACGCUAGAGAAAAGCUUCUUCGGCGACUCUUCCCUGAAGACGGACGGCAGAACCCUGGUGGACCUCCGUGUGGCUUUGUCAAAAGAUACAGAAGAAGAAGUCCAAAGGAUGCUUUGUCACAUCGAUCAGCUCACAGAAAUCCGGAUGGACCAGCACUUCCGCAUGGUGUUCUUGUUCCAGCGCGUCUCGUGUUCUGACUUCAUCCGUGAGUUCGGCAGGCGUGGGCCCGGGAUGCGGCAGACUCUAAAAGACGUGGAGCAGAGCGCCGUGACGCUCGACCGGAUGAACAAGGGGGCGAAGAUCUCCAGUGUGGUGGGCAGCUCCGUGGGGUUGACUGGAGGUGUGCUCUCCAUCGCCGGCUUGGCAUUAAUUCCUUUCACAGCCGGACUUUCUCUGGGUUUAAUGAUGGGUGGGACGGCGCUUGGAAUUACCAGUGGAGCCACCAGCGUGACCACCACAAUCACUGAGAUCGUGGUAAACCGUACGUCUCUAAGUAAAGCCAAUGAGUCUUUCCAGAGCUUCAUGAAGGCUGUGCAGAGCAUCCAGGAUUGUCUGGAGGUGGCGUCCACUCAACCAGCUGUGAACAUCCAAUGGAAGCCGGAUUAUUUGACUCUGCUACCUCGGCUGAAGACUGUUGCAUCAGUUGGAUUUAAAACUGCAUCACUUCUUACCGAUAUCUCUGAUAUUGCACCAGUGCGUAGAGCAAACGCCUUACGUAACAUCUCCAGGGCGACGUUAGAAGCACAAGAUGUCGGACAGACGGCGGUCAAGGGGUCCCUUGCCCUCUCCAAGACAGCCAUACAAAAGGCCAUCGGAUUGAACGUCUUCUUCAUCGGCAUGGAUGUCAUCGGCAUCUGUAAGAACAGCUUCAGUCUGGCCAACGGCAGCGAGACCGAAGAGUCCCAGUUCAUCAGAGCCAGAGCCGCACUGUGGGGCUCACAGGUGAAGUCGUGGCAGAAGAUCCACGACUUCCUGGACAAAGGUCUGCCGACGUCGGAGGAGAACAAAGCCGCCCUGGAGAUGUCAUUUUAUCCAUGAAGAGAUCAAGAACAGAUGGACGAUUUUUUUGAUUUGUGAUGACGAGCCUCGUCUCAAUUCAUAACGUCAACCAGUAAUACGUUUUAUUAAGAAUAUCUUUAAGAGAGAAAUGCCACUUUAUUCCAUUUCCAAUGAUUCAAUGCAUGUUUUUUGCCAUAUAAGUAAUAAAUACAACACAUUAAGAUGCCUUUUCUGCUUCAGCCAAUCAAGAUGUUGACUUCACGCAACAUGAGAAGAUGUGUCGGUUGAGGCUCCUGCGUUGUCGCAACGCUUUGAUUCCCUGUAGAAUAAGUUUCUCACUUGAGGAGUUUGACUUAAUACAAUAUGUAUACGAAGGGAGUUUGAGAAAUCACUUUGUCUUGUAAAAAACUAAGAUUUUAAUAAAGAUAUUUCUUUCACCUCUA